AUGGGCGGCCGCAGAGGCGUUGCCAAAAAGAAUCUGACUCCUCCGGUCACUGAAUCGAAGAAAAUCCGCAACGGGGCAUACUCACCACCACCAGUACACGUUGUCACCACACUGCAACAGCGUGCUGAACCGAAAUCGCCCGAUCCAACGGACUGUGAAUCGCUGUCAGGCGAAUCUUAUGUUUCAUCCGUAAACUCUCGACCAGCCAGCCAUCUGUCAGAUACGGACCCACCUUUGGCCGGUAUGUCCGCAUCUUCUUCCACACUCAUAUUGGGUAAGUCAAAUACUAUUAAUAACGAUAAUACAACUCCAACCGUGGACCCCUCCGUCCAAAGUGUAUCGAAAACCCCGUUACCACCGCCUAUCAUUAUCAAUGCGUCAUUGUGGCGUCAAGCAGCACCGCUCAUCAUCCAAAACCAAGACAUCUCUUCUAUCGGCUUUGCUUCUAAAUCAUCAUCCGACGAUAAAAUCUAUGUAAAAACAUCAAGCACCACUCAAUUCUGUCAAAUUCAAAAGAUUCUCAUUGUUAACAAUAUUGAUUUUCACACUUUCUUCCUCGCGGCUGACCGCCAGCUAAAAGUAGUAAUCAAAGGUAUUCCUACGGAUAUCUCUGCUGAAGAACUCAAAAGCUAA